UAGAAAUCUCUGAUUGAUUUAUAGGAGCCACUGAGUAUGUCAUGUCUGCGAUUCCUUCUUCAAGCAUGUUCUCAUCAGAAAAAUACGAAGUCCACAAAGAUCUUGUGAUUACUAGUGUAGGUGUUUCCACAGUUGUUGGAAAUGCUGAAUAUCCGUAUUCAAACUUUUCUGCUUCUCUUCCAACCGGAGGUAGCUAUAACAAUUUUCCUCUGACUAAUGAUGCUUCUUUAUUUGUCAAGCCAGAUAUCAUAAGCAUCACGAUGGUAGAGCAAUGGUACGAUAAGAUAUACAGAACUAAUGAAAAUUUAACAGCAGAAAUUGAGCAAAAUACCACAAACACUUUCUCAUUAGAUAUACCUUGAGAUGAAAAUGGAGUUGAGGCUAUUUCAUACAAUUUGUCUCAAUACCAAUCAGAGGCAAUGCCUAGUUGGAUCAAUAUCAACUCAGGUGUUUUGACUGCAAAUGCUCCUGCUACGACAAUAAAUACAACAUAUCAGUUUGUCGUUCAAUCAAACAUUACAAGCGAUUGUCAGCUGUACCAAAAUAAAGUUGAUCUACUUGUGUAUUAUAAAGAGCCUUCUCAAAAUAAUCAAACAGAAACUAUUCCUCAGGGAACAACUACUGCUGCUCAAGCGGCAGUUAUUGCAGUUAUGAUUGUCUCGACAGGAACUUCCUUUCUAUCAAUGUCUUCACUACAGUCAUUGUGGUCUAUUUUGAGCAUUAUUCAGCUGACUAUGCUUUUGCCACUAACUCAAGCCUACAUUCCAGAAAUAGUGAAGCAAUAUCUCCAAGGAAUGUCGUUUGUGAACUUCAACUUUGGUUUCUUACCUACACCAGACUUGCCGGCUAUCAUGAACAUUAAGUUCGAGACUCAUUCAGACUACUUGGAUGGAAUUGGGCUUCAAUCAGGAUCUACAAUUAUUAAUCAUAUUUUUGUCCUAAUUUUACUCGUAUUACUUGCCCUCUUCCAUUUGCUGUUGAUUUCUAUCAGAAAAUGAUGUAAAGCAAGAGAUAAACAAGCCAAAUGGUACUACAAAGCAAAUGAUAAAGUGAUAGGAUGGAUGACUUUCGGUGUCUAUAUCAGACUCAUUAUAGAAUCAUUCCAAAUAAUGGUGCUCGCAAGCCUGUAUGAGAUUAAAUACUUUUCGACUCAGAAUACUAUUCAUAUAAUCUCAUUGAGUUAUGCUUUUGUAAUUUCAAUUCUCUCAUUCGGAUUUCUUGCACUGAUGCUUGUUGAGUUUUUGAGAUCAAAAGAUCCUAACACUUUUAAAGAUCAGACAUAUUUUAGAGAUAUAUUCACAGGAACUAGAAACAGCUGGAUUAGUAGAUCAUUCUUACUGUUGAAUUAUGGUAGAAGAACUCUACUGGUGAUCUGAGUUGUUUUCAUUACAACAGGCAAAGCUGAAAAUUUAGGAAUGUUCAUUACAGCUCAGUUAAUCUAUUUUGUGGGUAUAUGUAUAAUGAGACCAUUAGAAACAUUUAAAGAUAACCUCAUUGAAAUCCUCAAUGAAUUAUGCUUUUCCAUUUUAUCAUCAUCUUUGAUCUAUCUGAAUAAUAAAAAUGCUUGGUCUAAACUAAUGGAAGACCUCUACUACUACACAAUGAUCAGCAACACUUUGAUAAUCACAAUAAUAAUCUUCAUCGAUACAACCAGGAUCGCCAUCAACAAAUGUCAUAACAAAAAAGCCCCAUUAAAAGAGCCAAAAAUAAGUUGAAAGCCUGUUAACUCCUUCUUCAGGGAGAACCAGAGCUCUUUGCCUAUGAAACCUUCUUUGGCAAAGUACACUUCUCCAUUCAAUGCUGCAAAUAUGAUGCCGAGUAAGAACAGGUCUUCUGGACUCAGAUUAGAAGAACUUAAGUCAGAAGAGCCAAGUGGCCUAUCUUACCUCGAAUUCAAGCGAAAGAACCCACAAAUCCCUGAGAGUAAGGUCAGAGCCCAGUUCAUGAAACAAUGGGCCACCAAGGGCUUGGGCGGCAACGACAAGGCCAGGUUUAGGUUUACAUAAGCAGAGUGUUAUGAUUUUGAAUUUAAGAUUCGAAAUUGUGACUUAGAAGCCUUAUGAGAAGAUUUUUGGGAU